ACAGGUGACCGGAGAACAAUUAUUCGAAAAUUGGAAUUUUUUACAUGUGUCAGUCAAAACUGUUUUGUAAAACGUUGCACGUUAGUAGCUGGCACAAGCAGGUAUUAUCAGCUGAUAGAACUAAUCCCAAUUGAUGGAGCCCAGCAUAAAAAAAUGUAGAGCUCACAUGUUUUUUUUUAAUUAAUAAAUAAAAAUUGUUUCUUUUGUAAUUUGUUUUUAAUUUUUUUAUAGUAAGCGACUAAUUUCUAAUACUAAACAUAACUUUUAUAAAAUAUAUAUUUAAUAUUAUACUAUCGACAUGAGUCGUUUAGUUAGGAAUAUUGAAAACAUCGUAACUCUCAAUAAACUCGGAAUCGAUUCUCUAGAUGUCUCGGGGAGAAGAGUAUUGAUGAGAGUAGAUUUCAAUGUGCCGCUGCAGAAAGGCAGAAUCGCCAACUUGCAACGUAUAGUAGCCGCACUGGACAGCAUAAGAUACGCACUCAAUGAAGGCGCCAAAUCGGUCGUGCUGAUGUCGCACCUUGGUCGACCUGCCGGCAACAGAGACCCCAGGUUCUCCCUGAAACCGGUUGCCAAUCAGUUGCAAACACUACUCAAUCGUGAAGUCGAGUUCAUGAACGACUGUGUCGGCAACGAAGUUGAGGACUGCUGCACGGAUCCCAGCCCGGGUAAGGUUGUUAUGUUGGAGAACUUACGUUUUCAUGUUGAAGAAGAAGGGAAAGGUGUAGAUCGUGAAGGGUAUAAGGUGGUAGCUGACCCGAGUGAAGUGAAACGAUUUAGAAACUGUUUGAGUAAGUUGGGAGAUGUGUAUGUGAAUGAUGCCUUUGGAACAGCCCAUAGAGCUCAUAGCUCAAUGAUAGGUGAAGGAUUUGAGCUGAGGGCGGCAGGAUUCCUCAUCAAAAGAGAGCUCGCUUACUUUUCACAAGCACUCAACAAUCCUAAACGACCUUUACUAGCGAUACUGGGAGGUGCAAAGGCGGGCGACAAAAUAUAUCUAGUCGAAAAUCUUCUAGACAUAGUUGACAAUUUAAUGGUGGCUGGUGGUAUGGCAUACACGUUUCUAAAAGUGAUCGAAGGAAUGGAAAUAGGAGCGUCAGUGUACGACCCAGAAGGUAGUAAAAUUGUAAAAAGACUCCUAGAUAAAGCUGAUCGGAACAAUGUGAAAAUCCAUCUACCUGUUGAUUUUGUAACAGCCGAAAAAUUAGCAGAGGAUGCCAGCGUUGGUGUGUCCACUGUGAAAGACGGAAUACCGGAGGGAUUGAUGGGCCUCGAUAUAGGACCAAAAUCCAGGGAAUUGUUCAGAGACACGAUUUCCAAAUCGAAGACGAUUGUAUGGAAUGGCCCGGCGGGGGUGUUUGAGUUGGAGAACUUCUCGGGGGGCACCAGAGCUAUAAUGGAUGCAAUGGUGGAUGCCACUCGGAAUGGGUCGACGACUAUUAUAGGGGGUGGUGAUACGGCCACAUGUGCUGCAAAGUGGAGAACAGAGCAUUUAGUCAGUCAUGUCAGCACGGGCGGUGGAGCGAGUUUGGCCCUGCUUCAGGGAACAGUUCUACCUGGCGUUGCCGCUUUAACUAAUGUUUAA